AUGGCUUCUUUUAAACUAAUCACAGCUGUGCUGGCUGGUCUCUCCACUCUGGCAGUUGGAGUUCCUACCUCUACCAACCCAAACUUGAACAAGCGUGCCAGCGCCAAUGAUGCUGCCACUGGCUAUGCUAGCCAAAAUGGAGGCACCACAGGUGGUGCUGGCGGUACUACUACCACCGUCUCCUCCUACGCUGCCUUUACUGCAGCAGUCUCCGGCGAUUCCAGCAAGGUUGUCUACGUUAGCGGGCCUAUCACCAAGACAGCCGAUCAGGUUCGCGUUGGAAGCAACACGAGCAUCAUUGGCAAGGACUAUACUGCCAUACUGACUGGCUUUGGAAUCUUGGUCAAGGAGGAAUCCAACGUCAUCAUUCGUAACUUGGGUGUUAAGAAAGUUCUUGCCGCCAACGGUGAUGCCAUUGGCAUUCAAAAAUCCACUAAUGUCUGGGUCGACCACUGUGAUGUCUCUUCGGACCAGAACAAUGGCAAGGACUAUUAUGAUGGCCUGAUUGAUAUCACCCACGCCGCCGACUAUGUCACAGUCUCCAACACUUUCCUUCACGACCACUACAAAGCGUCCCUCAUCGGACAUUCGGACAGCAACGGCGACGAGGAUACUGGCUAUCUUCACGUCACCCAGAACAACAACUACUGGUACAAUAUCAACUCUCGCGCUCCUUCUUUCCGCUUCGGCACAGGUCACGUCUACAACAGCUACUUCCUGGAUGUGAGCGAUGGCAUCAACACUCGGGACGGUGCUCAGAUCCUUGUUGAGUCCAAUGUCUUCAGCGGCAGCAAGAAGCCACUCUACUCCACUGAUGAAGGCUAUGCCGUGGCCAAGGACAACGACUUUGGCAGUGGCUCAAACGCUGCUCUGGCUGGCUCUCUGACCUCAGUGCCCUAUAGCUACACCCUUCUUGGCUCUGGCAAAGUGCAGGCCGGUGUUGUUGGCACUGCUGGUCAAACCCUGACCUUCUAA